AUGGCUCACGCUUCCAACAUCGCGAUGGCUCUUGCCUCGCAGACCUCCUCCGUCGCCAUCCCCAAGGCGCGCGACUUCGGCGACGCUUCCGGCACCGCCAACUACGAGAAGGCCGCCAGUGCCUUGCUGACUCCGCCCGAGUCCAGCUCAAUCUCCCCAGAGCUGCCUGCCUGCCCUGACUUGGAUGUCGCCUUCUCUCCUCCACCCAUCACCAUCGAGCAAGAUAUGGAUAUGCAGGAAGCCGACGAUACUGUCGACUACGACCUGCCCAAGGGCGGCAUGCCUCUGAGCAGGGGCGCUUUGUCCGAUCUCGACGGCUCGGCGACAAUCACUCCCAGCAUGCUCGCGAAACACCACUUGCCUGGCAUUAUGUUGGGUAACGGACCACGUCCCAUCCGAUAUGUCAUGGGCGAGCUCACCCACACUGUACCGGGCUUCUCGCGCAUACCUCCUGCCAAGGCUCGGCGCAUAGUGGUAGCCGCACUGGAGAGCCGCGACGGUGGCGGUCCUGACGGCAACGUCGAGUUCUGCAAGACCGGCUGGGGACGAUGGGAUGCCCACUACAAAGGCUCGUCGCGCGACUCGGGCAUCGGCUCUUUUCACGAGGGUCACCUCUCGCCACCGCGUAGUGAGCGAAGCAGCUAUGCCAUGUCUCACGGCGACUCGGCAGUACAUAUCCCUGCUCCACCGGUACCCGGCAAAUACAGAGACCAGUAUUCCGGCACCAGCUGGACCAAUUCCAGCAUCCGUGAGGAGUACGAGUUUGGUAUGGACAUGGACCCGGUUGAGGAGGAAGCAGACAAAAUGAGUAUGGAUGGAGACUCGGACGACUCAUCGCAAAUGGAUGACGACACCGACGAUGACGAUUGGGCUGCUCAGGGUGUCGAGGCGCUGCGGAAGGCUUCACUGUCCACCUCUACCGCGCCGCGACAGAGCUACCAAGCCGUCAGCAUUCCUUACAAUGGACCUUGGGCAUCCAAGAGCUGGACGAGACGCCCGUCGACCAACAUGCGAUCUCUUCACUCUUCAUCGGUCCCUACCGGUAGAGGCGGUGAUCUUAACCCUGCCUUGCAGACGCCGGAGGAAAACGCUGCUGCUGCCUUGCUCAGUCUGGGCAGCAUGUAA